AUGAUCACUUCAUCAAGAGAAAGAAAUGGAGCAACAUCCAAAAAUAUGAUAUCUCGUUCAGAUCCGGAUACGGAAGCCAAAGUACGAUCUUCAAUAAAAUUAUUAAAUGAAACGAUACAAAAUAAUGCAAAUGAACCAUCUCUAGCCUUUUUUAGGAUACAGGAACAUGUUCGAAAGACACUACCUACAAUGCUUCAGAAACGUACUGAGUUAGAAAAUUUACAAGAACAUAUUGACGGACUUGUAUUUGACAUUGAAUAUUCGAUGGAUGCUGUAAAAACAAUAUUAAAUAGUGAAUCUCAUUUUAGUAAUAUUCAAACACAAUUAGAAAAAGCUGUAUUUCUUCAAAAACAAAUUAAUAUAUUUCGUCAACAACAAAUACAGCAACAAUUAUUUGAAAAACGUGAUGAGAAAUUAUCGAAUACGAAUCAGACAAUUGUAAAUACAUCGUGGUUCAACAGAAAAGGAACACCUUCUUCAUCACCAGCAGUCACACAUGGAACCCUACAACUAUGGGAAAAUGCGAAUGAUACUUUAACAAAAGAAAUCAUUCACACACCCGAACAGUUAUAUAAGCAUGGUUUGGAACAUUUAAAUGUUGCCAUUGAUUACUGGAAUCGUGCGUUAAACUACAUCGACACUAUAAUACCCUCUAUACAAAGUCAACCAGAUUUGCUCUUACAAACCAAUAAUGAAAUCAAUACAAAUUUAUUAUUAACAUCAGUGGAUACAACUAAUCAUUCUGAAUUAAAACAAAAACUUCAGUUUUUAUUAUCCAAAGUUGCUAUUCCAUCGAAUAUCACUGAUUCAUUGUUUACAACGAUUGAUACUCGAGCAUCAUCUCCGCUAUUCUCAUCGCCAACAACCUUCGUUUCAUCAUUCACUCGACAAGAGUCUAUUCGACAACAACAACAAACAGCAUUAAACGUUCAAAAUGAUCUAAAUACAUUCAACGAUAGACGUUCUUUAUGCUCACUACGUUCAAGGGACAGUUUUGAAAGUUGUGCAGAUGACGCUGAGUGGUUAGAAACAAGUGAUAUUUUAUUCGAUCCAUUGUCAUCAUAUUAUUCCAUGCCAUCUUAUUAUGCAUAUGGUCUUCGUUUAGCUGAAAAAAAUCAAGUACCAUACAGAAAAUUACGGACAAAAUUACUGACUUGUUCGUCAGAUACAGAUUAUCUAGCCAAAUUAUUUUGUAUUCGAAAUGCAUGCGAUGAAGUCCUUAGUGGAGAUGAAAAACGAGAUUAUAUUAAAUUAGUAUCACGUGCAAUUUGCGAAAAAUUCUUAGAAAAAUCAUCAAAAGAUGCCACUCGAUUUCUACAAGCAUUUGAACAAAUGAAUGUUCUUAUGGCUGAUCCAUCAAAUACAUCAAUGAUUAUGGAAGAAAUGUCUUCAGCGGGGAUCAAGUCACCCACUAUUUAUAAUGUAGGUAUAGAUUUUAUGUUACUCGAAGGUUUUGAAAUACUCGACUCACCGCCAUCGGCAAUGAAAACCAUAUUACAAAAUAGAUGGUUUUCGGAGAAUUUUCGUGAACAAUACAAUAAUGGCUUUCUAACGACAUUUUUAUCAUUGAUUGAGGAUAUGUCACCAGUUUUUGCGUGGGGUAUUCUCGGUCCACCAUCAAAAGUUAAGCCAAUUAGAGAAAUUUCAUUUGAGGAUGCUGUCCUUGAUUUUGCUCGAUCAUUGUACGAUUUGAAUCGUACUGAUUAUUCGUCAUUACAGUCACUCAUACAAUCAAUAGACAAACAAUUACAAGAUUUACUAACACGUAUCGUCUUAGAAAUGAAUGUUGAUCAGAGUCUGUUAAUACAGCCGAUUCAAAACAAAGCCGUACCUGUCUGA